GUUUGUAGAGAGAGAGAGGUCAAAUCGAGUGGCGAAAGGUUGGGUGUCUUCUUGAGUAUUUUUGUGGUGGUGGUAGUGCUGCUAUUAGCUACGAGGGUUUCAAACAAAAAAAAAAAAACUGUGAAAGAAGAGAGAGAGAGAGAGAGAGAGAGAGAAAAGGAAAAAAGAGAAAGGAAAGAGAGAGAAGAAGAAGAAGAAAAUCCUGAUAACUGAGAUAACAAUACUGGAGAGAGUUCCAAGCUCCAAUUCCCAGAAAAAAAAUAAAAACUUGUUUUGCUUUAUCUCUAUAUUUCUCCCUCUCUUUCCCGUUGAUCUCGUGCAAUCUUUGCUCAUGGAUCCAUUUGAUUUGAUUCGUAAAGGGUUUGGUUGAAGUUGUCUGGAAUUUUCCUGUUACUAUUUUUGAAGUCCAUAUAUGUUUUAAUCAAUUUGUUCAUAUUCUAUUCAAUAAUGAGCUUAUCCAAGAAAGGAUCCCAAACAGACACAACAAAACUGAGCGCCCCAAAGGCAACCGCUUUGAAUCCAAAUGCAGCAGAGUUCAUUCCUUUUGCCCUCAGAUCAUUGCCAUCUGCAAGUUCCAGCUCGGUAGAUGCAACAUCAAGGCUCUCUACUGCUGGAUCUCUUGGGAAAGCAGUUUUAGAUAGAUCAGAAUCAUCCAUAUCAAAUAAUUCUGAUGAUGAGGCCCACCAGUACUGGCGUUGUCAGCUCCCUGAUGAUAUCACCCCUGACUUCAAGGUGGAUGGAGAAGAUGAGUCCCAAGGUCUCAAUGACCUCUCUUUAGCAGGCUUAUCUGUACACGAUGAUGAUGAAUCCUCAAGGUUUCCUUCUUCUAAGGGAAGUAGAUAUAUAUUAAAUGAGGAGCAGGAAUUAUCUCAACAGCACCUUAAUGGCAAUACCUUUGCUGAUAAAUUAAGGUUUUCCAAUUCAACCUACAGGGAGGAACCAUCUUCAGCCAACUUUCUGAAUACAUUAGCAAAGCCUUGGGAUAUGCAAAUUGGGAAUACCAACCUGCAUGUUAACAGUGGUCGAGAGGUGCUUGCUUAUGAUGACAAUUCUAGACAUGGAUUCUUAAAUGAUGUUUUGGCUGAGAAUGCUAUUGUAAACGAUACUGAUUUGAACCCUUUGGAGUUUUUAGCUUCUAUAUUCCCUGGUUUUGCGUCAGAAAGCCUUGCUGAAGUUUACUUUGCUAAUGGAUGCGAUUUGCAUCUGACCAUUGAGAUGCUCACUCAGUUAGAGAUUCAAGUUGAUGGUAGUUUCAGUCAGAAUCUGAGUCCGAAGACUCUGUCAGCUCCCAAUCUGAGCGCAAUGGACUUUCCAGCACUUAAUUCACCAAAUGGCCAGGCUACUUCUGCAAAAUAUGCUGCAGAUAAUGUCCAACAAAGUGGCAAUCCUUACCUAUCAUCUGACAAAGACAUGCUCAUGUUCAAAUCUAGCUCUUCUAUUCCAUCUAGAGGUGGUGUUGAUUUUGCUUCAGCUGUCAGGAAAUUGGCUGCUGAGGAUUCUGGUAUAUGGAAGUAUGACAGAAAUGAUUCUGGUGAUGCUUCCUCUGGCUCAAGUAGGAGUUUAAAUGCUCUGGCUAGUGCCUACAAUGGUGGACAGGGGAGAUCUAACUUUGGUGAUAGGUUACAGAGCCGUGGUUCUGCUCGGGCAGCUCCUGUUUGGCUUGAAACGGGUGACGCAGUUGCAAAUAUGUAUUCUGAGCUGCGGGAGGAGGCUCGUGAUCAUGCACGCUUACGUAAUGUAUAUUUUGAGCAGGCACGGCAAGCCUACCUUAUCGGAAAUAAGGCCCUUGCAAAGGAGCUAAGUGCUAAAGGGCAACUGCACAACAUGCAUAUGAAAGCUGCUCACGGAAAAGCUCAAGAAUCUAUUUACCGGCAGAGGAACCCUGUUGGUCCAGAUAUGCAGGUGAAUGGAAGAGGACAUGAGAGAAUGAUAGACCUACAUGGGCUGCAUGUAAGUGAAGCCAUUCACGUACUGAAACAUGAAUUGAGUGUGCUAAGAAGCACUGCUAGAGCUGCUGAGCAGCGUUUGCAGGUUUAUAUCUGUGUUGGCACUGGCCACCACACCAGGGGUUCCCGCACUCCGGCGAGACUUCCGGUAGCUGUACAGCGUUAUCUACUCGAUGAAGAAGGCCUUGAUUUCACAGAACCGCAGCCAGGCCUGAUUCGUGUUGUGAUAUGUUGAGCCAAGGAUAUUAUGAUGACAAAGGGGUAUACAAGUUUUUGACACGGUAAAAAUCCAUGAACAUAUAGACAUUGUAGUCAUUCUUGUAUCUGUACAUUGGAAGUAUUGGCGAUGGCCAAGUCUGAAGAAAAGAGCAAAAAAAAAGGUUGGGAGGGUGGUCUUGAGAAAGAAAAAAAUGGAGAAGUUUAGAAGUAAAGAGAAGGGUUGUAGCAAAUUUGUACCAUUAAGGUUUUACUGAGGCAUCUGAUUACAUUAGUCAGCAUUUUCCUUCUGUUAAUUUUGUACCCUAAUUUUCAUUUCUUUGUUAAAUUCCCUUUUCCUUUGUUUUUUUUUUUGUUUUUUUUUGUUUUUUCCUUUUUCUAUUUUGAUUCAGAUGUAACUGAUAGAACUCAAUUACAUGAUAGUACAAUUCACUUUGCCAAUUAGAUUCAAUGCCAA